AUGAACCUUCUUGGAACUACAACAAAAACUAUUAGAACCUAUGGAAAGAAAUCCAACGAACGCGUUAUUACAAUUCAUACUUGGAAUCAUAAAAUAGAUAAAGAAUUAGAAGGAACUUCAACUAAAGAUACAGAGAAUUCCUUGGAGAAAGAUAGAAUAUCUAAAUUUAAAGUAAAUAAAAACUCUACAACUCAACACUCUUUUGUUAUUACUAAAGGUACGGAAAUCAAACCAGCCAAGCGGAAGUCGUUCACGAAGGGUUUCACAAAACCCAAGUAUUAUCUUUCGCCCAUUCGACUCUCACCAAAAUCAGUAAACCUUGCAAAUGAGACUUCCCGUGCACACGAAAUAGAAAACGUUUCGCCAAGCCGGUCCAUAUCCAAAAAGAAUAUGAUCCAAGAAGGCACCUUGUCUCCUAACAAGUCAAUAAAUAAAACCCAGUUGUCAAUGUCACAAAAGCAAUUUAAAAAAAAAUAUCAUUCACCGUCCAAAGAUUACGACCAUUGUAGUGAAUCAUUAUGCAAAGUUAUUAUAACGCCAUUAAAAGAUCCGAAUACUUUUAAUGAAAAGGAGAACGUUGAUAUCGGUCAUAAUGACUUUGAAAUCGGUUUAAAUAAUCAGGUUUCCAAGAAAUUAGAACAAAAUUUUAUAUUGGAUUACAAAGCUGAGAUUGAUAAACCUGCUAAAGAGGAUAGGAAUGAAUUGCACGAACUAACAAACUUAUUGAGGAUUUGUGACCAAAAGCAGUUAUGGACUUUUGAAGAAUUUUUUGGCACGGAUUGUCUUAAUAAUGCCAUGAAAAUUGGAGAAGCAAGUUUUUCUGAAGUAUUCACAGCAUACGCGCCAAAGUUUACUGCUACAAAAGCAAAAUGUGUCUUCAAGAUUGUUCCAUUUGGAAGAGGAAAAGAAAUAUUGGUGAAUGGUGAGGAACAAUGUAGUAUAAGAGAUAUAACUCAAGAGAUCAAAACCACGUUAGAAUUGGGAGGAAAAACCGGUCUUGACCCAAAAUUGAGGGUUGGUUUCUUAAAAUUACAUGGAAUUGGUAUUUGCCGUGGUAAAUAUCCUAAAGCCCUAUUAAAAGAAUGGGAUCGGUGGGAUAAAGCAUAUAAGUCAGAAAGCGGUCGUCCAGAUUAUUUUGAUGACAAACAGAUUUAUGCCGUGUUAAUUGUUGAAUACGGAGGCCUGGAUCUUGAACAUAUCAAAUUAAAAAAUUGGGCACAAGCUUGGAGUGUCUUAACACAAGUUGGAUGGAGUAUAGCACAGGCUGAACAGUCGUUAAAUUUCGAACACCGUGAUCUUCAUUGGGGAAAUAUAACGAUCAAACAAACUAAGGUUAAAUCUGUGUCAUAUAACUUGCCCUCAGCUAACAUAAGUGUUGAAAUUCAAACUUUUGGAGUGCGGGCUUGUAUAAUAGACUAUACGUUAUCUCGGAUGGAACGUGGAGAUGAAAUUAUCCACGUGGAUAUAGUUGACGAAGGAUAUUUUAUCGGGAAAGGCGAUUAUCAAUUUGAUAUCUACCGUAUGAUGCGAGAAGAAACUAAAGGCGAUUGGAAAUCUUUCUGGCCAAAAACCAAUGUAUUCUGGCUUCACUACAUCGCGGAUAAAUUAUUAACUGCCAAGAAAUUAACUAGACCAAAAAAAGGAAACGAUCAAUAUGAUUACUACAAUGCAAUUUUAGGUUUCAAAAAGCGAGCGUUGGUAAAAAACGGUGGUUACCAAAGCAUGCUCGAAACAAUGAGUAAUGACGAAGCUUGGAAAAUGUAA